AUGAGAGUUCAUUCCAGUGAAAGGCCUUAUUCUUGUGGAGAUUGUUCAAAGACAUUUUCCAACCUUUCAAACUUAAGAGUACAUUUGAGAAUCCACACUGACGAGAAGCCCUAUUCGUGUGAAGUUUGUUCAAAAGCAUUUUAUUCGAGUUCACACUUAAAGGAACAUUCGAAAGUCCAUACUGGUGAGAAACCUUAUAAGUGCGAAAAUUGUUCUAAGUCAUUCACUCAACUUUCACAUUUGAAGCAGCACAUUAGAACUCAUGCUGACGAAAAGCCUUACUCGUGUGAAGUUUGUUCAAAAGCAUUUUCUACGAGUUCAAACUUAAAGCAACAUUCGAGAGUCCAUACUGGGGAGAAACCUUAUAAGUGCGAACAUUGUUCUAAGUCAUUCACUCAACCUUCAAACUUAAAGCAGCACGUAAGAACUCAUGCUGACGAGAAGUCUCAUUCGUGUGAAGUUUGUUCAAAAGCAUUUUCUUCAAGUUCAAACUUAAAGAUACAUUUGAGAGUCCAUACUGGUGAGAAACCUUAUAAAUGCGAACAUUGUUCUAAGGCAUUCACUCGACCUUCAAACUUCAAGCAGCACAUAAAAACUCAUGCUGAUGAAAAGCUUCAUCCGUGUGAAGUUUGUUCAAAAGCAUUUUCUUCAAGUUCAAACUUAAAGAUACAUUUAAGAGUCCAUACUGGUGAGAGACCUUACAAGUGUGAACAUUGUUCUAAGUCAUUCACUCGACCUUCAAGUUUAAAGCAGCACAUAAGAGCUCAUGCUGACGAGAAGCCUCAUUCGGACAUUUUCCAACUUUCACAUUUGAAGCAGCACAUAAGAGCUAUUGCUGACGAAAAGCCUUACUCGUGUGAAGUUUGUUCAAAAGCAUUUUCUUCAAGUUCGAACUUAAAGAUACAUUUAAGAGUCCAUACUGGCGAGAAACCUUACAAGUGUGAACAUUGUUCUAAGUCAUUCACUCGACGUUCACAUUUGAAGCAACACAUGUCUGCUCACUCUGAGGAGAAGCACUUUUUGUGUGAAUAGUGUUCGCUGAUGCUUCCUUCCUGACAAAUGAAGCAAAAUAAGCUGUGUAAGAAUCCUGGCUAAGGAAAAGCGUGUUUUUUAUUAACUUCAUUCAGAGAAAAAGCAGGAAUUUGUGUAAUGAUGAUUACAAUAAAAAUUAAUAAUUCAAAAAUGAAUAGGAAUGAUAAUAAUUUUAAUGAAUUUGAAUGAGAUUGCAAAUUAAGUUGAAAAACAGUUGCUGAAAACUUGCCUGCAAAUAGUGACUAGUCACGUCUGUGAACUGUCAA